CCCUCUCUGUAGAGUGGAUUUGAACAAAUAAAAAAUAAAAAAAGAGCUUUGAGAGCCUCCGCAUUUCAAAAAUCAAAUCAAAUGUUGUUCCAUUUCUAGAUUUCAGUUUCGCCCAAUUCCAAGAUCACACUCCCACCUCUCAGAUCCUUCAAACUCCUCGGUGCCCGCCUUUUGAUCUUCCUAUGCUUUGCUAGUGUGCAAUGUACCCUGACAUUGCUGUACCUGUUUCGGCAAACGGGAUGAGCCGUGAAAAUGGAGUUCUUGAACAACUUCCUGCCCACGGAGAGGAGGUUGUUUCUGACAAAGUGAAUGGAGCUCCUGCAAUCAAUUAUGAGGUUGCAGAUUCUGUUGGGAAUCCAGAAACUAUUGGCGCGUUGGAAUAUGGUGGUACUUCUAACUUGCCUACUGAAGCAAUUCCCAUCGGAUCUACUGUUGCUGGAAGAAAUGGUUUUACUGUCGAUAAGGAGCUUGGAAUGGAAAAAGCAGAUGAGUCGGAGGGCCCUAUACCACAGAAGGGUCAAGGUAAGGUCAAGCAUGAAGAGUCUUCUAACAACAAGCAUAAUGCAACGACAGUGGUGAAGAAGACUAAAAAUGGAAAAGAUAUGGAGAGUUCUACUCUUUCAAAUGGUUCCUUGGCUUCAAAUUCCCGUCCAAAACAGCCUCUUGCUCCCAAAACAAAAAAUAAACCACUCAUUGACAAAGGGGCUAUACAGGGCAACUCUAAGCCAGCACUUACUGUAAACAACCGUGUGGCCAAGCAGCAAUCUGAAAUGUCUGAUGCAGCAUCACUCCCCAUGAAGGUGGCAGAGUCUGAAGGCCUUGUGGAGAAGAAAUUGAAGCCAUUGACGAAAGAUCCGCAAAAUAAAGCUGAAGCAAGCACAGAACCUGCAUUAAGCCCCACUGCUGGAAAUUCUAAAUCUCGUAGAGUUGGCACCCUUCCGGCCUACAAUUUCAGCUUCAAGUGUGAUGAAAGAGCUGAAAAAAGAAAGGAGUUUUACACUAAACUUGAGGAAAAGAUUCAUGCAAAGGAAAUGGAAAAGAAUAACUUGCAAGCCAAAACCAAGGAAACUCAAGAAGCUGAGAUUAAAAUGUUAAGAAGAAGCUUGACUUUUAAAGCCACUCCCAUGCCAAGCUUCUAUCAGGAACCUCCACCUCCUAAGCCAGAGUUAAAGAAGAUACCCCCAACACGGGCCAAAUCUCCCAAGCUUGGUAGAAAGAAGAGCUCACCUACAAGAGACUCCGAAGCAAACAACAGCAGCCGCAGCCUUAGACCUGGUCGACUAAGUUUGGAUGAGAAGUUGUCCCAAAAUAAAGGACAGCCUGCCCAUGUUAAGAAGCCACAGCGGAAGUCCCUCCCUAAGCUUCCUUCUGAAAAGACCAACUUAACGAACGAUGCAAAUGAAUCUGCAAAUGAAGCAAAUGGUGCCCUUUCCGGUGAAACAAAUGAAGCUGCAUCUCAAGAAACAACCCUACCGAAUGGAACAAGUGAAAUUGCAUCGAAUGAGCAGGAACAGGAAGCAGCUCCUACUGCUGAGCAAGACCGCACUCAACCGAACAUCGAAGAUGUGCCUACAGUUGAAUACCAAGCCCAGACCACCUUGGCGCCGAAACCUAUUGCACUGGAGAAUUAAACAUGGCGGGGAAGGGAAACGAAUGUGUAUUUAUUGAGCCCUCAAAUCCCAUUUUCAAUUGAAUAUUACAAGAGCCGUGAAACUUGGAGCCAUUGGUGGAUGACGGCGGGAAGGGAUUCUUUCCUCUUUCUUAUGAAGAAGGGUCGGUAUCUGAUCUUGUUCAUAGCCAGCAGCGAGGUUUGCUCAUUUGAGAUUUGCUUUAUAUGGGUCAUAUUGGGAUUGUGCAUCCUUUGCAGCAUUCUGUUUAUGCUAAUUAAUGUUUAAAAUAUGCUUUUAGUUCUGGUUGUUGACACCAUAUUGUGAAAGUUUUUGGUGCAAAUCUUUUGUUUGUUAGAUGGGAAAUUGUCAAAAGUACUUGCUGUUCAGACACUACUCUGUCGAGGAAAUUAAUGCUGUAUGAUGACACUGCUAAGAUUAUAUUCUGGUGAACAGUUGGGUAUUGUUUAUAGAUUGAGGGUUCUGUUA